UUGGGAUUUGAUGAAGGAACUUCGGUGAAGGCAUUGAAAAUAACCAAACCCAGAAAAACAAGAAAUAGAAAGGGUAAAUUCUAUCGUGGUAAUGUAAAUGAUAGAAAUGUAUUCAAUUGUUUCAUACUUGGAGCACCUCAAUCUGGUAAAAGUUCAUUACUUGAACUGUUUUUGCAUGAUUCAUAUAGUGAAAUGUAUUCACCAACUAUUCAACCUAGAUUGGUGGUUAAGGACAUAGAGUUGAGAGGUGGGAAACAAUGUUAUUUGAUUUUAGAAGAGCUUGGAGAGUUGGAAACUGCCAUUUUAGAAAACAAGCAACGGUUAAACCAAUGUGAUGUUAUUUGUUAUACUUAUGAUUCAUCGGACCCCGAUUCAUUCCAAUACAUUGUCGAUAUCCGAAACAAGUAUGCCGAAUCGUUAGAUGAAGUUCCCUCGGUAUUUGCUGCUUUGAAAGCCGACUUGGAUAAACAACAACAACGUUGCGAUGUGCAACCGGAAAAUUAUACCCGACAGUUGAACUUGAGUUCUCCAUUACAUAUCUCAUCUUCUUGGACUUCAUCACUUCAUGAGUUGUUUAUCCAACUAGUUGAUGCUGCCAAGAAUCCAGCUUCGGCAACCCCAGGUUUAGAAAAGGAACAAAAAGUAGACCAAGAACAAAUUAUCCCGAUUGUAAUGGCUGGUGGUGCUGUUGCUGUUAUGGCCAUGGUUUCGAUAUGGAUGUUUAAUAGUAUGCAUAGAAAGUGAGUAUCCCAAUAUGGAAUCUGCGGCGCCAUAUUAUUUUUUUUUUUGGCUGUUCAUCAAUCCUCAUCUGAAAAAAAAAAAAUUAAAUUAUCAAGAGAAGACUUGUAACUUUCAUUAUCUUCCAAGUAUAGUACAACAUGUCUAACGAAACCGAAUAUAAACCAGUCACAGUAGAUAAACCUAUUCCAAACACAUAUGAUCUUGGUAACUUGGCCACUUUUGAUCCAAAUCCUCUUGACAAUAGCAAAUUAACCAGUGAUAGCGACCGAGAAGAAUACUUGACUUCAGUUACUAGAGAUAAUGUACAAUUAUUAAUCAACCAAAUCUUGUCAUUACCAGUAAAGACCACCACUGAUACCCAUGGUUCUUCCACUGGUCAAAACUCUACCAUGACUUUGAUUCAAUUACCAGAGCCAAGUACCCAGUUGCCUAGAGAAAAGGCCAUUCCUAAGCCUAAGCCACCUACCAAAUGGGAACAAUUUGCCGCUAGAAAGGGUAUCAAGGCCAAGGCCAAGGAUGGUAAGAUGGUUUAUGAUGAAGCUACCGGUGAAUGGGUGCCUAAGUGGGGAUACAAGGGUAAGAACAAGGAAUUGGAUGACCAAUGGUUGGUUGAAGUUGACGAUAAGGUUAAGGAUACUCCAGAUGAGUUGAUUGAUCCUCGAACCUUGAGUCGUGCUGAAAGAAAGAAGUUGGUUAAGAAGAAUGAAUUACAACAUAAACGAAAUUUAAAGAAUCAAGGUGCCAACUAGAAUGGACCAUCUUUGCAUUUUUCAGCAUAACUAUGUAUAUUAGUAAAGUUUUUUUUUCAGUUACAUAAUGAGUAGAUAGAAUAUAGCUUGUAUUAGCUUGGAAUUAGUAAGAAAUAUGUAAAAGUC